AUGAGCACCAACGGCGCUGUCGAAGCUCCUCAGCUAACACUGCAGCUAGCAAGCGGCAGGACGCUGACGGUUGAGGACUCUGACCUCGUACUUCGAGAUGCCAAUAAUAUCAACGAGAAAGGCUCGAAAAGGGAUCGCAACGGACGUCAGACAAUACCACUCUACAACGUCUUGUGGGCCGAAGUCGUCGAAGCCAACUUAACGAUAGAAUAUGCCCUGCUAUCCGACAAGUCCAAGUUCCAGGUUGAAAAAUGGACGCUGCCGAUCAACUCGGCCGACGAGCAGGCCCAAACCUCGUCCGAAACAUUUGCAACCGCGCUACGAUCUCGUGCCUAUGGCAAGGCACAACAAAAGAGGCGCGCCUACGUUCUUGUUAAUCCCAACGCCGGCCCAGGCAACGGCGUCAAGAGGUGGGAAAACGAAGUUAAGCCCCUGUUUGACGCAGCCAGGAUGGAAAUGGACGUUGUCUUUCUAAAAAGAGGCGGCGAGGCGCUGGAGUUGGUGGAGAAAAUGGCCAUUGACAAGUACGACACCGUCAUUCCGUGCUCGGGAGACGGCACGCCGCACGAGGUCUUCAACGGACUGGCCAAGCGACCCGACGCCAAGCUAGCCCUGUCCAAAAUUGCUGUCGGACACAUUCCCUGCGGCUCGGGCAACGCCAUGUCCUGCAACUUGUACGGCUCCCACAAGCCAAGCUAUGCAGCUCUUGCUAUCGUCAAAGGCGUCGUGACACCACUCGAUCUGGUGUCUAUUACGCAGGGCGACACGCGUAUCAUCUCAUUCCUCUCACAGUCGCUUGGCAUCGUUGCGGAGGGCGAUCUCGGCACUGAGCACCUGAGGUGGAUGGGCAGCGCACGCUUCGACUAUGGUGUCAUUUCGCGCGUGUUUCGCAAAAAGGUCUACCCAUGCGACAUUGCCGUGCAGCUCGAGGUGGAGAAGCCCAAUGUCAAGGAGCAUUACAAGCAACAUGCGAGUAUACCGAGCCUCAGGCAGGCAGCCACCGAGCAAUCAGAUGCAGACGAGGCCAGCGGCUUGCCGAAACUCAAGUACGGAACGGUAAAGGACGACCUGCCCGCGGGGUGGAAACUAGUGCCAUACGACAAGGUCGGCACUGUGUAUUGUGGAAAUAUGGCUUACAUGGCGCCGGACGUGCACUUUUUCCCCGCCGCCGUGGCUGCAGAUGGGUGCAUGGACCUGAUUACCAUGAAUGGCGACAUUCCCGCGCUCAAAGCCCUCCAGGCAUUCCUUUCCGUCGGCUCGAACAAGUUUUUCGACAGCCCAUACGUUCACUACCAAAAGAUCUCGGCGUAUCGCAUCAUCCCACGAAACCAAAAGGACGGCUACAUUAGCAUCGAUGGCGAGAAGGUGCCAUUCGAGCCAUUCCAGGCGGAGGUGCACCAGGGCCUCGGAAGGGUCAUUUCCAAGAGGGGCAUGUUUGAGGCCGAAGGCCCCGCCAACUGGGACAAGGUUACGCUUUCGGAGAGGCUACACGCGUGA